CAAUCGGCUCGCUCACACUUCCUUUCUUAGUGGUUGCUAUAAACUGAGCAGGGAAGCUUACUUGCAACAGGCUUUCUGUUGGAGGAACGUCUUCUUGUUCACCCAGGAUUACAGUCUAGAAGGACAUGGCUCAGCGCUACCUGUGGAUCUUGCUCCUUUGCCUGCAAACCUGUCUGGGAGCAGACAGAAGUGACACAGAUGUCGUCACAUUGAUUGGGAUACUGGGGGAGUUGGUCACUUUCCCCUUAAAUAUCGAAAAAUCACAGCAAGUUGUCAACAUCGUUUGGAACUCUGAGACAUCUGUUGCUUUCAUAACGCCAGGAGAUGCAGGAGCAGCACCCAAAGUUACUGUGACCCACCAAAAUUAUAAUGACCGAAUAAAUGUCUCCUCUCAGAACUACAACCUGGAGAUCAGUAAUCUGAGGAUGGAAGAUUCCGGCAUCUACAAAGCUGACAUAAAUACAAAGACCUUUGAAGGGGUGUUCACCACCACCAGGCGCUUCAACCUUCAGGUCUUCCGUCGGCUUGGGAAGCCACAAAUCACGCAGAGUUUAAUGACGUCUCUGAACAGCACCUGCUAUGUCACCUUGACGUGCUCCGUGGAGAAGGAAGAAGGGAACGUCACGUACAGUUGGAGUCCUCUGGGGGAGACGGGGAAUGUCAUUCGGAUCUCCCGGACCCCCGACAGCCAGGAGCUGACUUACACGUGCACAGCCCAGAACCCCAUCAGCAACAGCUCGGACUCCAUCUCUGCCCAGCAGCUCUGUGCAGACACUGCAACAGGUCUCCGUUCUCGCCACACCGGGCUGCUGAGCGGGCUGGCCGGGCUCUUUCUGUUUAUACUCAUCGUGCCUUUGGUGCUUUUGUUCCUUUUGCGCAAACGAGGAGAAGGUUCCUUCUUGAAGCCCUUCAGUAAGAACUCUGAUGCCGCCUCGAAGAAAACAAUAUACACCUACGUUAUGGUGACCAGAGCUGCCCCCCCAGCAGAGGGCAGAAUCUACGAUGAAAUCCCCCCGUCCAAGGAGCUCCCUGCCAACGAGGACCCAGUGAACAGGGUUUACGCCACACUGCAGAUGGAUAAGAUGGGGAAAACCAGCACUCAGGACGGCAAACCUCCUGGGAUUUCAGCCUAUGAAAAUGUGGUCUAGGCUCCCGGGCAGCCUUCUCCCUGCGGACAGAGCUUCAGCCACCAUCGACAGCCCAGCAGAUGCCCCGGACCCAGACUUUCUUUGUGCAUGUCUUACAUGGAGACUGAAGCCAUCACUUUUUGUGACUGGAGGUGAUGACCCUUCCCAGCAACCCCCUAUGUAAGAAAGACUGAUACUUUGCACACCUGUGCUACGUGGUGGCACACCACCUGAGAUGCUCUUAUCACACUCAGUGUCUGCGAGGAGCCCUGAUGCAGAGCCUCCAAACUCUACACAGCCCCAGCGACAAAUGAGACAAAAGCACCCUUUCCCUGAGGCAGAUGCAGCCCCUCCCAAGCACAUGGCUUGACGAAUGGAGUGUGGGCUGCAUUUCAGCCUCUCUGUGCCCCUUUGCCCAGGAACUUUUGUGCAGGGGACAGCUGGCUGGACCAGCCCACCCGUGCAUGACGGGGUCGCAUAGGAAGCCAUUGGUGGUGUGGCUCUCAGCUCUGUGGACACACUCUCCAAAUGGAGCGUUGGAAAAUGCUCUUUCCAUAGGGACUAGACAGCUGGGGCAUUUUUCUUCAGGCUCUACUUCAGAAGCCUCAUAAGAUUCUCAUAAAAGAAUCAUGGACUUCACGCUCUGGUUAGAUGUCCAUGCCCCUCCUACCAGCGCUGAGGAGGAAUCGCCCGCGGCUGAGCAGAACUUUCAAGUGAUCAUAUGAAGAACUGUUUCCCGUAUGUGUGAGCCCCCACGGCCAGCUAAAUCCCAAAUCCCCAUCAACGAUCCCAGGCUGGGCAGCAGAAAUGAGCUGCAUGUAGGUAGAAGGGAAGUGUUAGUCCCAGUGAAUGGGUCCAUAGCACCGUCUAGCCCUGACCACCAUUAGCACUGUGUUGGGGGCUGCAAGACCCCCAAAGUAUCAGAUGAGCAUAAUGUCCGCUCUGGUCUAGCUGCUCUGUGCAAGGCAAGCAUGGACACUCGUGUUCAAUGCUGAAUUACACGUUUCAGGGAGUGGCAGGAGCUAGCAAAAUCAGGGAAAGCUUCCUGAAGGAGGUGGGGCUUAGAGGGUUGGAGGUGGGUUGAAACUGGGCUCUGGAGGAAGAGUAGGAUUUGGCCAUAAAUGAAAUGGACAGGUGGCAUCCCACUGAGGAAAGCCCAAGAAAGAAGCGGAGGGUGGAUCUGUGUGAUGUGCUCAGGGCACUGUCCCGGAUGCACGGGGCACACUCACCGUCCCUUAUCUUUGACGGCAGAGCGCCUCUGCUUCAGUGUGUGCCCCCGGCCCCAGCCCUUUGCACACACAUCAAUGCUCAGCUCAAAUGUCACCUCCUCUGUGAAGCUCUCCCUGGCAUCAUGGGUCAAAUUAAUUAUGGCCUUUUUGCCCCCCUUUCCCCCACUUUGUCCUUAUAUCAAUCACUGCAACUCAUUUCCUUCUGCCUCACAGUACAGAGGCUACUUGCAAUCCUCCAUACUGUGCAUGCUGCAGGGCAAGGUCCGUGACUUCAAACCCAUCGAGACUGACCCUGAACGAUGAGAGUUUUGUUCCCCUGUGCACCCACCACCAGCCAACGUCGUGCCCUGCACCAGGCUUGUGAGCAAUAAAUUCUUUGAAUAGAA